AUGAACAAAUGGGUGAUUGUAAAUUUUCACCUGGGACAUAUGGGGAAUGUCUGCUUAAUGGUGGAUACUAUUAAUCUCCCACCAACAUUAGGUGACAUGGCUGAGUUUUUCAAUAGUCUUCUUGGGUAUAUGCUUGACAGCAAAUGCAAAAACAUGCCUCUGGACCUUGUUUUCAUCAUUGACAGCUCACGAAGUGUGCGUCCUACUGAUUAUGAGAAAGUAAAAGAGUUUGUUAUCAACAUUCUCUCAUUUCUGGAUGUUGGAUUGGAUGCUACCAGAGUAGGCCUCAUCCAAUAUGGCAGCACAGUUCAACAUGAAUUUUCUCUGAAGACCUACAUGAAAAAGGCUGACAUACACAGGGCAGUUAGGGGAAUGACUCAUAUGGCUUCUGGCACAAUGACUGGAUUGGCUCUACAGUACAUAAGGAAUGUUGCAUUCACAGAAGCUGAGGGAGCCCGUCCAUUAGAUAUGCAUGUCCCAAGGGUUGCAAUGAUAGUAACAGAUGGAAGGCCUCAGGACACAGUAGAAGAAAUAGCAGCAAAGACCCGAAACUCUGGCAUUAUAAUAUUUGCCAUUGGUGUUGGAAGAGUGGACAUGAAGACACUGAAGGCUAUCGGGAGUGAACCCCAUGAGGACCAUGUUUCCUUAGUGGCCAAUUUCAGCCAGAUUGAAACACUUAUCUCAGUGUUCCAGACAAAAUUUUGUGGUGCUCAGCUGUGCAGUGUACUGGAUCAUGGAUGUACCCAUACUUGCAUCAAUACUCCAGGUUCCUAUGUCUGCAGAUGUAGAAGAGGAUACAGUUUGAAUCCAGACAAAAGGACUUGCAGUACUGAAGACCUUUGUGCAGUGAUGAAUCAUGGCUGUGAGCACAUCUGUAGAAAUGUACCUGGGUCAUAUCUGUGCGCAUGUCAUCUAGAAUUCCAGCUGAAUGAAGACGGCAAGACAUGCAGAAGAAUUGAUUACUGUGCCUUAGGUACUCAUGGCUGUGAACAUGAAUGUGUUAGCACUGAAAAUUCAUACAUCUGCAGAUGCCAAAGUGGGUACAGUCUUAAUCCAGACAAAAGGACAUGUAAAAAAAUUGACUACUGUGCAUUAGGUGGCCAUGGCUGCGAGCAUGAGUGUGUUAACACUGAAGAUUCAUACAUGUGCAGGUGUCGAAGAGGGUUCACUCUUAAUGUAGACAGAAAGACUUGCAAAAAAACUGACUACUGUGCUUCGGGGGUCCAUAGCUGUGAGCAGGAGUGUGUUAACACCGAAGAUUCCUACAUUUGUAGGUGUCGACGAGGUUUUACUCUUAAUACAGAUCAGAAGACAUGCAGAAAAAUUGACUACUGUGCAUUAGGUGGCCAUGGCUGUGAACAUGAGUGUAUUAACACUGAAGAUUCAUAUAUGUGUAGAUGUCAAAGAGGAUUCACUCUUAAUGUAGACAGAAAGACUUGUAAAAAAAUAGACUACUGUGCAUUGGGCAAUCAUGGCUGUGAGCAUGAAUGCGUUAACACUGAAAACUUCCACGUAUGUCGUUGUGACAAAGGGUACACACUCAACCCCGAUGGGAAAACCUGUAGAAGUCUGGACAUCUGUAGUACCGUUAGACAUGGCUGUGAGCAUGUGUGCGUCAAUACUGGGGAGACAUACAUCUGCAAGUGCAAUGAAGGUUACAUUCUAGGAGAUGAUGGAAAACGCUGUAAAAGGUGUGGUGAAGGCAUGCUUGAUCUUGUAUUUGUAAUCGAUGGAUCCAAAAGUCUUGGCCCACAUAACUUUGAAGUUGUAAAGCAGUUUGUCAAAGGACUUGUGAGUUCUUUGGAGAUUUCCCAGAUGGCUACCCAAGUUGGUCUGGUACAGUACUCAACCAAAGUCCAGGCAGAAUUUACUUUAGGAAACUACAGUUCUGGGAAGGAUGUCAGUGAAGCAGUAUCCAAAGUGAAGUACAUGGGUAAAGGUUCCAUGACUGGGAAGGCCUUAAAAUACAUGGUGGAAAAAAGCUUCUCUGAAGAAGAAGGUGCAAGGCCUCAGUCAUCAAAUGCAUCAAAGGUGGCUGUUGUGUUUACUGACGGACGUGCUCAGGAUGAUGUGUCUCGAUGGGCUACUAAGGCAAAACAGAAUGGAAUCACUAUUUAUGCUGUAGGAGUUGGGAAGGCAAUUGAAGAAGAGUUGAAAGAAAUCGCCUCAGAGCCACAAGCUAAACACCUGUACUAUGCUGAAGAUUUCAGUACAAUGGAUGAGAUUGCUGAAAAACUGAAGACAAGGAUUUGUCAAGAAAAACCUUCCACUGAAGAUCAGUGCAAGUGUGAGAAUAUUGUUGCAUUUCAGACCUCGGUGAAUGCAGCGCUGAAGAUAUUAUCACAGAAAUAUAUCCUUUUAUAA